CAGAGCUCUGAGGUGGACGGACAGGAGUCACAGACAGGGUCGGAUUCCGCAUCAAAAGGAGUCACAAUAAACCGUAAAUCUCAAGCUGAAACCUGAUCUCAUUGAGACCUGAAAGCCUUCUGGUAUUGGACUUUAAAGUACUGGAUGUUUGGAGUAGAUAAUUUAAUUAACCGACAGUUUCUUUGUAACUUGUAGGGUAAGUUUUCGUUGCACUUUGUUACCGGACAAAGGAUAACAAUACCGACUAUCCUGCUGUAUUUACUGACGAAUUUUAUUUAAAAAUACGGCUGAAUUAUCUGUUUAACCCAUGCACUUUGCAUUUAAUUGGCUGAUUUCAGCUGUAUGAGUUUCUCUUUUGUUAUUAUAUUCGCCGGGUAGAAAUACUUGUUCAUACAAAGCCUAUAUAGCAGCAGCAACUUGCUAAUAACGGGAAACGAUUUAGCAGAGCAUUGGUCGGUGUGCUUAGCUACCAGCUUGACCAAUCCGGUUAAAUUUAGUUUACUCAGGAAAAUGAUGCGGAUGCCUAAAGGCGUCUCUCCGGCAUCAGGUCGGCCAGUAGUGGGACUGUCUUGCCCUCAGCAGAAGAUGAAGAUUGUGCCCACCGGAGGAGUGAAGACCGAGUUCUUCAGCACCGGACUGUCCAGCCCGCCAAUGAGCACGAUACCAGCCGGCUAUUUCACCCAGAUCUGCAACACCGCCGCGGCCGAACAAAGAGCCAACAGCCUGUAUUCAACCCCCCACGGACCAGAGGCUAAACCCAUCAGAUCAUCCUCCGGGCGACUGCCGGCUAAAAGGAAGCUGGAUCUCGAGGACCCUCUUUACAUGCCAGAGUUCCGCACACCCAAAGGCAAAUGCAGCAUCGCAGCCAGGAUACCAAGUCCAAGGACUCCAAAGUCUCCCGGUGAGCGGACGCGGUACGACACCUCCUUGGGCCUGCUGACAAAGAAGUUUGUGGGACUGAUCGCCGAGUCUCCCGACGGAGUUCUCGAUCUGAACUGGGCCACCGAGGUUCUGGAGGUGCAGAAGAGACGCAUCUAUGACAUCACCAACGUCCUGGAGGGAGUCCAGCUCAUCCGAAAGAAGUCAAAGAACAACAUCCAGUGGCUGGUUGGAGAUGUAUUUGAGGGUGGUGCAGGUGGAGGAGAGAAGGCUUGCGCGCUGAGGAAAGAGCUUGGAGACCUGGAGAGAGUCGAGAAAUCUCUGGAUGACCUGAUCCACUCCAGCACCGCACAGCUCAAGCAGCUCACAGAGUAUGAAGAUAAUAAGAGAUUGGGCUAUGUGACAUACCAAGACAUCCGCUCCAUCGGCACGCUCAGAGACCAGACAGUCAUUGCCGUCAAGGCUCCUGCUGACACCAAACUGGAGGUGCCAGACACGGCAGGGCAGGGGUCGUUACAGAUAUAUUUAAAGAGUAAGAAUGGCCCCAUUGAAGUGUACCUGUGUCCAGAGGAGGGUCUUGAAGAUGCUAGCCCAGUUAAAAGCGCCGUCACCCCUAAAAAGGAGUUCCCUCAACCCAUCGCCCAUCACCAUGCAACCCCAAUGGCUCCACCAAGCUACAGCGUCAAAGAGGAGCCUGCUGAAUUCCACAUUUCUGCAGCAGCUCCAGCCGCCUCCUCAGCUGCAGCCUCUGUUUCCGCUCUGCUGGACGUCGAGCGUCUGCUGGGUUUGCCCCCCAGCCUCCUCCAGAUUACAGAGGACCAGCUUCCUUGCACCUCUUUCGCCCCGGACCCCAACACCCCAUUUGUCAGCUUCUCUCCACCUUUGGAUCACGACGAUUACCUCUGGAGCCUGGAGGAUAGCGAGGGAGUGUCAGAUUUCUUCGACACCUAUGAUCUUGGAGAACUGUUGAAGAGCUGAGGUGUAGAUGAAGGAGGGCAGAGGUCAUUUGGGGGAGAUUAGGGGGAAAUAUUUAAUUGAAAGCCUUCUCGAGGUAUGAAAUAUUACACUAUGAAGCCAUAACUUCCGGUUUUGAUGUAAAUUAUUCCAAAGGAUGAGUUAGCCCCUUUGUUUAUUUUAAUAAAGUAAAAAUCAUUUGUAAAUAUUAUUGUAAAAAAUGAUCAGAGGGUGAGGCUUAGAUUGACAUGGAUGUGUACUCUCCAACCUUUAGGAAACACUGUUCAAAAAGCAGGGAUUGUUUUGAAUUUUUGUAUUAACUCGGAGUUAUUAUGAAUAUCAUAUCCCCAGCAACGAAAUCUGAUGCAUUUAGUCAUCAGGCGGUGUUUACAGUGUGACAACUCAGGAAUUAUUUUCUUUCUUGUUUCCAAAGUCUUAAAGUUUUGUGCCACUCUUUGACCCAUAGGGGGCAGCCUUGUAUUAUGUCAGCUUUAACUGCCAUGCAGCGUUACAUGAUUCAAUCACUGGAUGAGAGAAAGCUAAAGCCAUCAAGAACCAAACACAGUGUGUGUGUUUAAGAAUCUUUAUAUCUUCAACACCGACCAAAUGAAGCUGUGAACAAUAAUCCUUGUAGAUCCAAAAAUCUGAUGUUGAGCUCAUGUUGCUUCUGUCUGAUCAGGUUUGCGCUCUCCUGCCUUAAGCUUUAUGUCGGGCCUUGUAACCGUUUGGUGCUGCAUUGUGUGCCAAAAUGUGAAAAGGCAGCUUCUGACGCCCAUUAGUGGAGCCAGAUCCAGAGUUAAUGACGGAUAAUGGGUGUUUUGUGAAUACAUACAGUCUCUGACUGUGCAAGAGGGUCACACUCACUCUUGUUGGUUUGGCAGCUUUAUUUCAAAUCCAGGUGCUCCUCUAUUGAUAAGAGUUUGCUGAUUUUAAUAGAAGAUUUUGGAUUUAGUAGUGUGGAACUACUAUUGUAUUUCUGAGGAAAUAACCCAAAAUAAAUGAAAUGCAUCAUCUGUGUUGCAGGUGUAGUGGAAGGGGGGGGGGGGGUAAUUGAUGUAAUUAAGGUUUAAUUAGAGUAGCGAUUUGCUUGUUCUCUUAUUCAGAAAUGGAUGAAGUCUGUUGCUCUAGCAGCAACAGAAAUAAGAAGGAAUUUAUGUCUUAGCUUUUCAAAUUUCAAGCCCAUGAAUGCUUUCCCACAUGCAUGUGCAACGCUAUUAAAUGUCAAAGACAUUCACCCGAGGUCAGAGCAGCUGUGACUUUUAUCUGCUUAAAGGAUCUUUUAUUUUCCAAGCGUUUCUAGACAUUUGUAAAUUUGAAUUUCAUGCAGAUGUAUUUGUGGCUUUCCCUGUACACUGCAGAGAUAAGCUAACUGUCCUGUCCUAACAAAACUUGAAAAUGUGUGUUUGUGUGUGUGUGUAUUUGACAACUUGGCAAAUGGGUGUCAUGGUGUGUUUGUGUGUGUGUGUGUUUUUACAAUGUAGAUUAGAGAAUGUGAAUUCAGAGUUUGUAGAUUUUUUUCAAUGAGCAUUAUGUUUCUGGUAUUUGUACAUAACUUGUUUUGUAUUUAUACCUUUUUGUUUUUCUGAAUUGAUACUGGCCUUUUUUUUUUUUUACAGAAGGCACAAUUGUUUUUGUAUGACAUGCGGCACUUAAUAUUUUGUAAUAUUGUGUGGUCUGUUUGAAAUGAUUAAAUAAAUACUGAAGCCAUGGUUUACACUUGGAAA